AUGUUGGGCCGAGCUAGAUUAAAACCCCGCCUAAGUGUAACCGCAGCAGCCUACAAAAUCCCUGUCUCCUCUCUCUACCGAGGACAGUUUUUGCCCUCUGCAAGGCACAUUCUAGGUCGACUUGCCGACGCCGAGACAAAAAUGAGCAGUCUGAAAUACUCGUCAGCAGACUCUGAAGGUCACCUUAUUCAGACCUCUGAAGCCCUGUCAGCCGGUGCCCAUACUGUUCAGUCUGAGGUCGUAUACAUCAAUAGCUAUCUGCAACAACUGUUAAAGCUCACACCACAAGUCCUUCAGGAAGUUGCGAACCACCCGCAAGUUUCGAAACAUGUCCAAGCAAUCGUUUCCACUCUUGAACACCGAAUGGCGGCACUUUCAAUGGGUCUACGAGACUUUUACCAGGAUAAAAAGCAACUGCUUUCGACCGUUGGUUCGGACGAGCUUGCACCUGCUACUGCGAACACCUGUGGUUUGGCUUCAAAGUAUCACGCAGACCAACUUGUACAUGCCGCUCCAUUCCAUCCUCCUCGACUCUCACAUUGCGAGCUUGGCGGCAGUCUUCAGUCCUUUCCUGCAUUUUCUGCUCCUGUUCCUCCAAAUUCUUCCAACUCUUCGGUAGCCGCACCUCCUGAUCGAACCAAUGUAAGCCCUAUAAUGGCUACGCAACGCGCGAUACCCAAUAAUCUGUCUCUUAAAAGGGCUCCAAGUUCCUUUGCUGCACUUCCUCCUGAGGAGAAAAACCAGCUCGAAGCUGGUCACUGGAAUCUAGUUGGCCAGGCACAGAAUCAGCCCCAACUUACUCUCACUGAGGCUCCCCAAUCAGUGUUACGUCAACGCGACCGCGCCCUCCACAACACCGAACAGACCAUUGUGCAGCUAGGCGAGAUCUAUCAGCAGUUCAGUUUUCUAGUGAAGGAACAGGGCGAAAUGGUUACACGCAUUGACACGCUCCUGGAGGACGCUGGUCUCAAUGUGGACCUCGCACACAAUCAUUUAGUGGAAUUUAUGCGUCGAAUAUCCUCUCGUCGAGCCUUUAUGCUCAAACUAUUUGCAACGCUCAUCAUUGUCUUCUGUAUCUUUGCCUUCCUCCUCCGGUGA